AUGAGUGACUGCGGCAACGGCGUCCUAAAACAGUUCAGAUUUCCAAGACUUACAUCGGAGCUACGGGCGAACUGCCUCAGUGCGGACCCGUUUAUGUUAGCCGGAAGUGUCGUCGAUGACGAAGUUGGUAACAGUCCAGUCAACGGUAUUAAUGAUGCAAGUUGGUGCAUUGGUGACAGUGAGCAUGAUGAAUUGUGGACACAGCGAAAAGCACCGUCUCCGGAGUUGCCCCGGCAUUCAAGAAAGCCGAAGCUUGGGCCAAAAGAACGCUUCCUCAAAGCUGCUCGCCAGGUGCGCAUGUUAUGCGCCGUUACGAUCAGCAUUCGUCAGUACGCAACGGAAGCCGGCGUCUCUCUCUUCUCCACUCUUCCCGAUCUAGCACAGUCAAUGAGCAAACUCCCAAACGUCAAAACAGACACUGAAAAUGGAGGAACGCAGAUUGCAUUUGACCCCAGGGCUUUCAAAAGUAAUUAUGAGUUCACUAUUCCAACAAAAGUUGAGAAAAUUUUGGAGAAAAAUCCAGAAGAACGCACAGUUGAAGACGUCAAUAGCAUUGCCAACCUGAUGAGGGGUCUGCACAGUUUCCGGAAAUAUACAAAAGCAAUACAACUGUUAUUAUGUAAAGUAGUACGAUUGGAAAGAUACGGUCGGCGGCGAGUUGUAGUUCGUAAAGGGCAUCGAGGCCGUGGAUUUUAUUUUAUAUUUUCAGGCACCGCAUGUGUGACACUAGACGAAGACGACGAGAGUGUGUUCGUUAAGAAAGAAGUUUCGGUUUUGAAGAAAGGAGCUUCAUUUGGGGAAAUAGCGCUAAUGAAAGACAUACCUCGAACAGCUACUAUCGUCUGUAUGGAGGACACGGAGUUCUUAGUCAUCGACAAAGACGACUUCUUUGCCAAUGAUUUACAUUUACAUAUCCAGAAAGAAUUUGAGUUUCGACAUACUUUUCUAAGCAAAUUGGACAUAUUUGCUACUUGGUCAGAGAGCAGUCUUCAAGAAAUUAGUGACAUGGGUCGCUUGGAAGAAUACAAUCAUGACUCCCUGAUUGUUAAAGAUGCACGACAAUAUGAAUGGCUUCUCUUUGUUACCAAGGGAAGAUGUGAUGUCCUGAAACUUGUCGAUCUGUCCAAGAUACCGUCAUUCCAGCAAGCUUUAGAACAAGAAUACGGCGAGGCUGACAGCUUAAAUGGUAGAAAGUUACCAGCUUUACAGAGUUUAUUGGAAGAUUACAUAGCUGUACCAAAAGGGCAUUAUCCCCCACAAACGGGGACUAACUUAGGAGUACCUGUCCAAAACACAAAUAUACAGAAAAACUCACCAAGACCAAGAACGACAGGGCGAAUGCUGCCGAAACAUGGAGAAGGCGAUGAGGGUAGAUCUCGCAGUAAAAGUGCUGCUAUGAAGUUGACAUAUGGCACUAGCAGUAAGAAUAAAAUAGAUCUAGAGAGAAAAGAAUCAGGAAGUAACCCAUACCUCGUACUCAGCAAUGACUUCAAUUCGUCAGAUGAUGGUAGUAUUCAUGAAAAUUCAUUUUUCAGCACAAAAAGUAUCUUAUCCCAAGGAACACCUACAAAUGCAAAUCAGAUCGGUUAUGGUGUUUUCGUCAAAGUGGACUCUGUUAGAGCAGGACAGUGCUUUGGUCUACAAGGAAUAAUUGGAAAAAUGCCUCACAUAUCCCUCGUCAGCGGAGGAUGUGAAGUCAUCAGAGUGUCAAUGUCCAGAUUCCGAGAAGAUGCAGACGCCGCAACUUUGAGAGAAGUGGAAAAACAGAUCCCUGUGUUUCCAUCUGAUGCUGAACUCUGUGCAAAGUUCUUAAAACAGAGUAAAUGGAAAAAUUUUAAAAGUGAUAUUGUGCAAGGAAUCAUUGCAGAUGCGCAGUUCAAGAAACAACAGACCGAUGUAAGAGGCCAACGAUCAGGACGGAAAUUAUCUGAUAAUAUGAUAUCAAAUACAGCCUUAUUUACAUCACAUGCAAUGCCAAAGAUUCAGUUCAGUGCGGAGGCCUGGGUCUCAAAUGCUGUACCCAAACAUAGAGAUAAUGCAGCACUGCACAGACCACGGCCACGGACGCAUGCAAGACGAUUACAGAUCAGCCACAAGCCAUGUCAUAGAUUUAUUUCUCCAUACAACAGCGACAUAACAACAUCACGACCAGAUUCAUCAAUAUCACAAUGCAGCAGUCAGGUCGCACCACAACAUAGUUUUGUUGCACAAGGAAGUCAACGAAGACUUGUUGUCAUAGAACGAGUAUCCAAACCAACGUAUACAGGAAGUUGUUCAUGGAGAAACUAUUAUCAGCACUAGUGAUACAGUAAUCCAACACAUUACGACUGCCCAAGAUGUUUUGAGUUUUAAAAGCCCAGAAUACCCAGUUUCAAUGUUUAAAGGAAAAGUCAAGGCUAACAACAUAAUACUCCCA